CAGUAGGAAGAUAUAUAUACACAGAAAACAUGAAAAAAUGGGUGUUGUCAUACACACUAUAACGAGACUAAUCGAUUCUAACUGAUCCUUCUGCUGUCUCGUCUGGCACUUAGAACAAAAAGACAAGCUUCCAGUCUGUGUUUGUGUGUGUGUGUGUGUUCCGUGAGUGACGUUCACAGGCACUAUGGUACUACAAAUAAUAUCAUGACUGCUGUGAAUCCAGCUGACACCAUAGUCGCUGUUUCUACCUCAGUAACUGCAUGUAAACUACUCACAUGCCGAUGCCAUGUAGGGUGCAGUACAAGCUGCUUUGUGCAAAGUUUUGGUGACAAUGUAAAGUCCCCUGGAUUCCCAGGCUCACUCCCUCUUUGUACACCCCAGAACAAAGUAGUUUCCCCUGGCUCUGGGAUGCCUUCAUCCACUCUUCCUCCAACUCUCUCCGUAUAUACAUCAGAUCCAAGCCAUGCCACUUAUUCGCCCUCCCAGUCCGACAGGAAGGACUCCUCCCUCCCCCAGCAGGGGUUGUUAGAACGGUGCAACAUGACAGAGCUUCAUGAAGCUGUAGCUCUGGGCGAUUACGAUUUAGUGAAUGAGCUUCUGAAAAAAGGGCUUUGUGAUGUGAAUUACAAAGAUACGGACUGGAAUGACAGGACACCACUACACUGGGCUGCUGCUAAAGGGCAAUCGGAGAUGGUAAAGCUACUUGUGCAGCACGGCGCUCGCCUUUGCUUGAGAACUGAUGUGGGUUGGACUCCAGCUCAUUUUGCGGCUGAAUCAGGAAGAGUAGGUGUGCUAAGGACUCUUCAUUUUUUGCAUGCCACCAUCGAUGCAGCAGAUCUCUAUGGGGACACUCCGAGAAGGAUUGCAGAAAUCUACGGCCACAAAGACUGUGCGAAGUUCUUAGAAAUAGCUGAGGUGGAGUGCAGGGACUACUGUUUGGAGGCAGGAUUGAAAGGAAUUCAACUGGACCAGACAGAUGAAGACUGGGAACUCAAGAAAGAAGAGCUUGAGAAAAAUACACCCUGUGCUCAAGCGAAAUAUACAUGCUCUACUCAAAAGAAAAACAAAGGAAAGAAUGUGAAACAAUAGCAUCUUCAGAUUCCUUUAAACUAGGGAGUGUCAUAGAGAGCUAGUCAAAGACACUAACAGACCCUAGAUACAUCUGGAGUAUGAAACAUAUACUAAGUGUUUGUCUACAUGGUGCUUUAGUCCACGUCAGAGGGGUAAAUUGUAGUCUGCACUAGCAUGCUGCUUGCUAACUGGCUUGUGUGCGCCCUGUUGGCAUGCACCGAAAGUUCUCUGGUGUGCAUUACCGUAGCCCUGUUUCAGAUAGGCCUAUGUUAAUGUGAGAACUUUUAGUUUGCGCCACGAGGGUCCACGUAGGUCAGUUAGUGCAUGACUCACUAGUGGGGACUAAAAUAGACACCCCUCUGGUGUGAAUUAAAGAAUUGUUUAGAGGAAACCUAAGAGAAAAAGCAUAUGGUCUGUGCGGUGGGUUGUACAUAUGGCAAUUAAUGGGAAGUGGCUAGAAGUUGUGGAUCUAUCUAUCGUGACAAAGUCAAUCCUGACAGACAGAGUGGUGGGGGGCAGAUAUAUCAGCCCUUGGAUGGUGAAGGUCCUGUUCCCUAUGAGCUGAAAAAAGGUUACCUCAGGUGAAGGCCAGUUAAAGGCUGUCAGUGAUCUUACGACCCCUUCUGGGGAGAGUGAGGAGGGGAGAGAUGAGAGACAGGCUGCAAUGGGGUAGUGGCACCACCAGAAAGGAAAGGCUUGGUGGAAGGCUGUCUCUCCUCCCAAUAGGGAAAGGAACUGAGUUAACAGCGGCCCGGGGGAAGGACUGGCAAGAAGGAGCCAGCAUAGCAGGGUAACACCAGGGAGAGGGGACAGGGACAUGUAUUCCUGUUUCCGUUGUGAGUUUGGAGAUUUUUUUUUUUUGUUUUUGCUUAAGAGAACUUCUUGGGCCUACCCUGAGGCCUACCAUGUAAAUAAGGAAAAAUAAAACCAGAGUGAAGAGAAAAACCCUCAGAGUCAGACUGAUUUACUCCAGGCCCUGCCACUGAGGUCGAUGAGGUGAAGGAAGUACCCUGCAAUACUAGAUCUAAUCUAAUGAUCUAUCUAAUCUAUUUAAUGAUCUAUCCUGUCUAUCUAGGCAAGAGGUUCCAAAAUCUGGAGAUUUCAUGCAAAUAUCUUAAUACUAUAAUUCAGUGAAUAUGCAUGAUCACAUUGACAUAAAUGACAGGAAUGUGCCUCUCCUCUCUACGCUCUGCCUGGGUGUGUGUGACGGGGAGUGGGGGGAGAACCAGAUAGAGACUCCAAAGGGUAGAAGCAGAAGCAGCCUUGGCAGAAGGGACAUCCGGCACCAUGCCAUCCCUAAGUGCGCCCCUAAACCCAGAACUGUGUAGGGAGGACCCUGACCUUGAAGCAUGAGGACCCAGGUGGUGCCUGAUUCUGAGUAGGAGGCUAAUUCUCCAUCCUGCCCUGGAGUUAGUCAUGAGCGGCUACUAUUCUGGGUAAGUUUGUUUCAUCAAGCUGGGUUUGUGUUCAAUCUCAUGUGCGGCUCUGGUCAAAGAAGUAACGAUGUUAGGACACAGAUGGAAUGGAAGAGUGAAUAUUACAGAGAAUAGUCUAGUUGCUUCAGGUAAAUCAAUGGUGUGGCCUCAUCUGAAAUACUGUGUGCAGUACUGAUCUCCCCAUCUGAAAUAAGAUAUUGCAGAACUGAUGGAGGUUUGGACAUGAUCAACAGGGAUGAUGGAGGGAUUGGAAAAUCUCUAACAUGAAAGAGAUUGUAAAGAUUGGGAUUGUUUACUGUAGAAAAGAGAGGAAUAAGGUUGGGGGGACAUGACAAAAGUAUAUAAAAAAUGACUGUGCUAGACAAUGGACAUCAGGAGCUUCUGUUCUCCAUGUCUCAUAACACAUGAACCAGGGGACAGUCAAUUCAAUUAAAAGGUGAGAUAUUCCAAACCAAUCAAAGGAAAUAUUUUUCUACACAUCACAUCAUUAAACUAUGGAACUCAUUCCCACAGGAAAUUGUUGAGGCCCAGAACUUAGCAAGACUCAGAAAGGGAGUGGCCAUUGGUAUGGGUAUCAAGAAUACGCAGUGUGCUCAUAGCUAAUGAUAAUACCAAUGUUGAGGCAGGAAUAUCAAAACUCAUGCGUUAGCCAAUCUCUAAAUAUUGGGGUGUGCUUGGACUCGAAGCUGGGAGUGUGAUUUCCAGCUCGGAAAGAGAUGUCCACACUAGCUCUCAUCAAGCUAGCACACUAAAACAAGAGUGUAGCCACGACAGUGUGAGUGGCGGGACAGGCUAGCCAUUCCAGGGAUGUGCCUGUGGUCUUGGAUGGGUAGAUACUCAGGGCGGCUCGCCUGCUGCAUUGCUGCAGCUACAUUCUAUUUUUACUGCACUAGCUCAGUGACAGCUGACUCAGGUAUGUCUUCUUCAGCUGGGAAUCACACCCCCAGCUCCACAUGUAGACGUACCUUCGCCUCUCACAGGAUCCCAGAGCCUGGGUGCCACCCUGAGCCAGAAUGUCUACACAGCAGUUAAUCAGCUCCAUAGCCUGAGGCCUGCGAGCCCAAGUCAGCUGACAUGGGCCAGCUGUGGGUGUUCAACUGCAAUGCAGACAUCCCCUCAGAGACUAGAGUGAGACCUAAUGUGGAGGGCAGAUUAUCCCACAUCUGUCAGCUGCGUGGUUCUUAUGCCUUCUACUGAAGCUUCUUGUUCUGGCGUCUGUUGGAGGCAGGAUACUGGAGUAGUCCUGAGCAUGUAUGGCAAUUCCUAUGUUCCUGAACAAGCACAGUACUGACGUUAUAGUCAACUGCUAAAUAGGAAGGCAUUUGGAACCUUAAACUUAGCAUCCGAUCCUGCUGCCAAUUAUAUCCCUGGCAAAAUCCCCCAUUGACUUCAAAGGCAGCAGGAUCUAGCUCAAAGAAUUUUUCUUUGUUUUGAAAAGCUGCUGUUUUGGACCUCCUUUAAAAUAAAUAAGCAAAGAGCGAAAUUCUGCCCUUUGAGGCAGAGAGCUGCCAAUGGGAGCCACACACACACUGCGAAGGGCAGCGUUUGGACUCUGUUUCUCAUAGGACCGACACUGUCUUUAGCAUAAAUGACCCUAUCAGCAGAAUUUGCACAUAGACUCCCAGGGCGGCUAUGGCAGCAAGUUAAGCAGCCACUGCUGCACUGGCAGGGGAGAGAUAAAACAGGAAUUCCCUCCACCACUCAGACCCAGAAGUGUGCAUGGGAGACCUUUCUUUCUCUGGGGGCCCUAGGACCCAAGCUGUGCCCUUGCCUCCGGGGUUGGCCUUGGGGACAGAAACUGCAGACUGCUGGACACUGAGGCUGGCAGAAUAGUGGCAGAACAGCUUCAGAAGCAAAUUAAAGGGGAGUUGGGAGGGACACUGAUGAUGCCAUCAGAGAGUGUUUACUACAGUUUUGACUGGACGUUCCUUCCCCUCUCCCUAGCUUUGUCUUUCCAUUUAGCUAAUCCCCUCCUCGCUAACUCGCUCCUCCAAAUUAAAAUAAAGAGCACAUGGCUGCCAUCACGCUGCUUGUGUCUCCUAUCCCUUUCCUCCACCUUGUGUCUGUCUUAUCUAUUUAGGUUGUAAGCUCUUUGGGGCAGGGACUGUCUGCAAUUUUGUACAGCAGCCAGCACAAUGGAGUCCUCUCUUGGUUGGUCCCUAUUAGUCACUGCCAUAACAAACAUGAUUCAUGAAUCUGUGAUUCAUGAC